AUGUCCUCCAACAUCAAUCUUGUGGACGAGUACCUCGCCAAAGGAACAUGGAAGACCGCAGAAAAUGCGAACUCGACUUACUCCCACCAAGGCCUCAUGCAAUACGUCUCCAACCAAAUCAUCUCCCAGUACUGGCUCGAAAGGGUUUACACUCCUGAGAUCCGCCAAUACGACGCCGAGAAUCGCUUCCAUAUCCACGAUCUUGGCUUCCUUAGCGCGUACUGCUCUGGCUGGAGCAUCGAAGACAUCCUGCUCCAAGGUUUCGGCGGCGUCGAGAACAAGAUCCAAUGUCGACCCGCAAAGCAUCUCAACACAGCUCUCAAUCAGAUUGUGAACUUUCUCUUCACGUUGCAGGGAGAACUUGCUGGUGCACAGGCAUUGUCGAGCUUUGACACGUACCUUGCUCCUUUCAUCCGUAGCGACAAUUUGUCUUACACUGAGGUUUUCAAGUGCGUGCAGAGUUUUGUCUACUCUCUCAAUGUUCCGACACGAAGUGGCUUCCAAGCUCCUUUCACUAAUUUGUCUCUGGACUUGAUAUGCCCCAAGCGACUGGGCGACCAGUGUGUCAUCAUUGGCGGUGAAUUACGAGAGGACUGGGUGUACAGCGAGUUUCAGGAAGAGAUGGACGUGCUCAACAAGGCUUUCGCUGAGGUCAUGAUGCAAGGCGAUGGGAAUGGCAACAUCUUUUCGUUCCCGAUUCCGACCUACAACGUCUCCGAUGGGAUCGAUUGGGAGUCACCUCGGUGGCAGUCCAUCUGGGAGAUGACGGCUAAGUAUGGUGUCCCAUACUUUGCAAACUUCAUCAACAGCGAUCUUGAUCCUGAAGACUUCAGAUCAAUGUGCUGUCGGCUGAGACUUGAUCUCAGCAAACUUCACUGUAGAGUUGGUGGUCAAUAUGGUGCGAGUCCGUUGACUGGUUCUAUUGGAGUCGUGACUCUCAAUCUACCCAAUCUCGCCUACCGUUCGAACGGCUUCAAGGAGACCUUCAUGUCUGAGCUGACAAAGACACUAAGGGUAGCCAAGGACUCCUUGGAGAUCAAGAGAAAGCUAGUCGAUGCGAACUCGACUCUAUACCCCUACGCCGCGCACUAUCUCUCAGCCACUAAGCACCGUACAGGUUCUUGCUGGACAAACCACUUCAGCACCAUCGGGGUCAACGGCAUGAACGAAGCACUCGUAGCCCUAUUUGGAGGGGGUGUCGAUGAAAAAAAGGACUUUGCUCUUGAAGUCCUCGAGUUCAUUAAAGACCAACUUCAGGACUUCCAGAAAGAAACUGGUAACUUGUACAACCUGGAAGCCAGUCCAGCAGAAAGUACAUGUUACAAGUUCGCCAAGCGAGACAAGGAGCUCUUCCCAAACAAGGAUAUCCCAACGUUCUACACCAACUCCACUAUGCUACCCGUCGACACCACAGAAGAUCUCUUCGAAGCCAUGGGCCAUCAAGAAGCGCUUCAGUGUUCGUACACUGGUGGAACGGUCUUUCAUGCUUUCUUGGGCGAACAGCUACCGAAUUGGAAGCUGGCCCGAGAUUUGAUCAAGACACUGACUGCAAAAUUCCGAAUUCCUUACAUAACACUUACUCCCACGUUCAGUAUUUGUCCUACACAUGGAUACCGUGUUGGUGAGCAGCCGGAGUGUACAGCAUGUGGGGAGCUGACGUUGGUUUACUCUCGCAUUGUCGGCUAUUUUCGUCCUACGCGAGAUUGGAAUAGAGGAAAGUCGAAGGAGUUUGUCCAGCGGAAGGUGUACAAGUACGAGACAGGUCUUGGGUCAAAUAACGACGCUAAACUUCAAGAACUGGAAAAACAGGUCGUCGCGAUUCAAGAUCUCCCGGUUGCUAGCUACGUCAAGAGCACUUUGAGCGAUUAUCCUGGCAAGACACAAGCGUCUAUCAUGUUCACCUCUCGUUGCAACUUGGCCUGUCCGUGGUGUCACAACGGUCCACUUGUACAAGGCGAGUGUGACGAUGUGACCCUACUGGAUAUCUUUCGGCAUAUUACCUCAACGUCUCACAAGUGUCUCGUUGUUUCAGGUGGUGAACCCACGAUACACAAAGGGUUACUCCCCUUCUUGAGAAUCCUCAAAAGUGUGGGGAUAAGCGUCAAGCUCGACUCAAACGGCACGUCGCCCGACAUCUUGAAGCAGGUAUAUGAUGAGAAGCUCGUCGAUUUUGUAGCGAUGGACAUCAAGUGUGCGUUGGAGAAUUACAAACGUGUCACAGGCAAGAAGGUCAAGCCGAAGCUUUUGGAAGCCAGCAUUGAGCUCAUCAAAAGUAGUGGGGUGCCUUAUGAGUUUCGUACGACGAUUGUACCGGAGCUUGUGGAUGUGGAGGAUCUGUUUGAGGCGAAGCGUUUGUCUGGCAAGAAGCUGACGAUGCAGCGGUUCAGGAAUGGUGAUACGCUUUUGGAUAAGAGCUUUAGGACUUUCCAGGAGCAUACAGAGGAGGAAUUUGAUCAAUUGGUCAAUCAGGUAGCAUAG